GCUAUCACCCUCAUAAUUGUUUUAAGUGUGGUGAUUUGUCUAAUUGUAUUGGGGUUGUUCAGUGUUCUAUUUUGUGCCUUAUUGAGGUUUUUCGUGAAAAAGAAAUAUUUAGCACUAGAUAAUAAUGUUCCAGGGUCUUUAGAUGAUGAGUUUGAAAUAGAGGAGAGAUUAAGUGAGCUAUCCCCAAAUGAACAAAAUCUUUAUAGAUCAGGACAAGAUUUCAUCACACAAAAUCCACCAAUCAAUGAGGAAAUGUCAUUAUCAAACCAUUUGCUGAUUCAAGAAAAGGGAAUAGAAGCUUGGGAUUUCAUCCCUGAUAGCAAUUUACCAAAUGAAGCUAUUUUCAUCAAUAACAAAACUGAAAUUAAUUUUACAAAUUUUGAUUAUCAAUGUUCAAUUAUGGCAAAUUUACCAAUCCCAAAACUGAACGACGUUUAUUAUUUUGAAGCAAAAUUGUUCAACUUGGACUCACCAGAAGACACCAUUGCAUCAAUAGGUCUAUCUACAAGACCCUACCCAUAUUUCAGGUUACCUGGAAGACAUCAUUACUCCAUAAGUUAUGACUCAAAUGGAUCCAGAAGAUUCAAUAAUUCUUUCAAACUAAAUGAAAAGGAAGCAUCUGUCUUCCCAUCGUUACAACAAGGUGAUGUGGUUGGUAUUGGUUAUAGAUGCCGCAGUGGUACUAUAUUUUUCACAAGAAAUGGUAAAAAGUUGAGUGAGAAACCAAUAGGUGGUCAUAUUAAAGGUUUUAAAAUGAACAACAUUUUCCCAAUAAUCGGUGCAAAUAACCCAUGCUCAAUUCAUGUUAAUUUAGGUCAGUAUGGCUAUGUGUUCAUAGAGGCCAAUAUCAAAAAAUGGGGGUUUGCUUUGAAAGAAGGUACAAGACCUCCACUCCCUGAUUAUAACUUUGUUACAAAUGAUUUGUUGUUGGAG